AUGAGACCUCGUGUAUGUCUCGCCCUCUGGGCAGUCCUGUCAAUGGGGGCAGAUGCGUGCAUCCACCACCUACAGGAUCGAAACCCGUCGCCGCCUUCCGUGACCCGCAGAAGCCGGCCUGGAGCCCGGACAAAGACUGCCAUUAGCAACGCCCGUGUGUUCAAUGGCAUAUUCAUUGAGCCCCCUAGGACGGUCAUCGGCCGCAUUCUGAUUCCCGGCCUCAUCGACUCGCACGUGCACGUGAACGACGUCGACGGCCUCGAGACCUUGACCUCGUUCGGGGUGACCACGGCCAUGCUCCGCGGCCAUGACGGCCUCUGCGAUGUCCGGUUGGCCGGCUUACCGGCGGUGGGGCCUGACACCCAGCACGCCAAGAUGUUCAACAUGUCGUCGGACCAGCUGCUGUAUCCCACGGCCGACCCUGACGCCGCCGUCUCGUACGCCUUCGGCAACAAGUCCGACUUUUACAAGAUCACGGCCGAGAAAAGCGGGCUGAGCCAGGACAUGCAGACAGCCCUCGUCAAAUCGGCCCACGGGCGGGGCAAGCUAGCCAUGACACACGCCGCCAACGCGCUAUCGUGGAAGCAGGCCGUGCUGUCAGGGACCGACGGAAUCCAACACACGGCCACGGAUGCGCCCAUCGACGCCGACGUGCUGACGCAAGCGGGGGCUGCCGGGCAGUUCAGCACCCCGACCAUGAACAUAGCGCGCUACACCUUCAGCAACCCCAUCCUCCUCGAGCAGAUGGGGCGGACCCCGGACAGCCCCGAUUCGUACGCACAGGUCAAGGCCAACGUGAAGGCGAUUCGCGCGGCCGGAAUUCCCAUCCUGGCCGGCACCGACGCCGUCGGCACCCUCCUCCCCGGCAACCUCGUCGAAGCCACCGGCAUGGAGCCCGCCGAGGCCCUCGCCGCGGCUACCUUGGUCGCCGCGCGCCACCACCGCCUCGGCGACCGCGGCGUUGUUGCGCCCGGUAUGCGCGCCGACCUCGUCCUCCUCAACAGCGACCCGCUCGCCAACAUCUCCAACGCGCUGGACAUUGCCCGAGUCUGGGUCGGCGGCGUCGAGUAUGCUCCCGUAGCCAACGGCAAGGAAGCCGUGGCUGCUAGCCCGAAUCCCUCGGGGACCGUGAGACAGAAAUAG